AUGUUCUCGCCAGCCGUUUGCAGAGUUGUCCGCUCUGCGAAUGUCUUUUCUGCCGCGCCCUUUGCUGCGCUGAAUGCAUGCGCCCGCUCGGCCCUGAGCACAAGCGCCGCGCCGCAGCAGCCCUUCCGGCCGAGUCACCAGCGGCGCUACUCGUCAUCAAAGCCCUCGACCCCCGCGAAUAACAAGAAGAAGCCCGCCGAGAUAGAUCAGAAUGCCACGACAGAACUGCAGGGCGCGGGCAAGAAGUCCAAGGGGCUGAAGAAGCUGAAGCAGCCAUCGACGGCAACCUUGGGAAACAACGUGCCUUUUGUACCCCCCACAAACCACCUCCGGGAAGAUGAUGUCAAACUAUCAGCCUUCUUUGGUCUCCACCGUCCCAUUUCCAUCUCGCGCGCCUUCCCGAACGCCACCUCCACGGCUGAAUUCGACGCCUUGUUCGACGCAAAUCGAGCGAGUCAGGUCGAGAAGAUGCAGCUCACCAAGAAUAUCCUUGGCGGCUUUCUCGAGCGCAUGCAUGCCGAGAUCGAUGCGCAAGAGGAGCAGCGAGCGGACGCCAUACAAUCAGAGCAAGAGGCGUAUCAUCUCGACGCUCAGCCCACACAAGACAGUGUAGAGAACUGGGUGGCUCGUCUGGUUCCCUUCGAGCCACCACCGGCACCCGAGCCCUACGACCCCCUCGCGACAGCACCCGAGACCGAGUCGCACUCGGCUGAGGGCCUUUCAGCCAUCAUCAACCAGCGCAUAACUGAGGUCCCGUUGCCGUCCGAAGAGAGCAAGCCGAAAACAUUUCGUGAACACGUCGCAAAGCGAAGAUAUGGAAUGUACAUGAUCAGUGUAAAGCGGCAACGAAAGCUCAAAAUGAAGAAGCACAAGUACAAGAAGCUCAUGAAGAGGACAAGGCUGUUGCGGAGGAAGCUGGAUAGGACAUAGUGAAUACAUAGUCAUGACGGUCUCGAUACUGAAUCGUCGAGCCAGGGGCACCGCCGAAUGAGACGGACUUUGUAUGUUUGCCAGGGUUGCGAAUGUCGACAAUCAGACGUGCAGAUUCAAACCGGCACAGACUAAGCCCAAAGUCGCGCGCCCGCCUGACAGCGCCUUUCCCUACGACUCGCUUAGCAAACGGUCUCAUGAACGCACUCGACCUGUCGUUUUUCUUCUGUCCAUGUUUCUUGGUGUUCUUGGGGCAUAAUGUUUUGGUCGCAUCUGGCGCUCCGACAUGGGCACGCAUUCCCGAAUACCAGUCUCUCAUCUCCACGUUCA